AUGAAGGUUCCACUGGGUUUCGGUGGGUUAUGGGUUUCCGCCUCUUUGGGGAUGCUCCUUUGCUUGGAGUCCGUGCACUCGAAUCACUUUGCCAGCCAGCUGUACAGCCAGGCCUCGCGGGAUAACCAUCAGCGGAACCUCGUGGUGUCGCCGGCCACCACGAACCUGGCCCUGGGUCUGGUCUUCUUUGGGAUGCAGAACUGCCCGGAGCUGACCAGCGUGCUGGACACGAUGCGGCCCGGCGAACUGGCCACGGAGGACAUCAAGAUGGUGAAUCGGUUGUACGUGGACCGGAGGGUGCAGCUGAUGCCCGCCUACCAGGAGGCCAUCUCCGACGAGCGACUGGGCCAGCCGGCGAAGAAGGUGGACUUCAGCGAGCCGCAGGUCGUCGGCGAGGAGAUCGACUCCUUCGUGCGCAUCUUCACGGACAACAAGGUGCGGCAGUUCACGCCACCGGGCCACCUGGACAAGGACACCAGGAUGGCCAUUGCGAAUGCCGCCUACUUCCACGGCCAGUGGGCCAGGCCCAAGCAGACCAAGCGCCUGCCCUUCGACACCUUGGGCGGCGGCCAGCAGCUGGUCGACACCCUCGAGGCAUACGAGCACCUGCGCUACGGGCGGCUCGACGGCCUGGACGCCCGCGUCCUGGAGCUGCCCUACGAGGGCGAACGCCUCUCGAUGGUCGUCAUAUUGCCCCGCCAGGCCGGACAGGGUCUGGCCAGCCUCAGCAGCCAGUUGCGCGACGUGGACCUCGUGCCGCUCACACAGAAUCUCAGCAAGCGGUUCGUCCACGUGCGCAUCCCCAAGUUCCGGGUGGAGACACGCCUGCCCCUGGAGACCGUGCUGCGGCCCCUGGGCGUGAGGACCAUCUUCCACGCCCCCCUCAUGCACCAGAUGGUCGCCGGCAGAAGCGGCAGAAGCCACCGGAUCAACACCAUUAUGCACCUGAGCUCCAUCGAGGUGAGCGAAUCGGGCAGCGGGUAUUCCCCGCUGGCGACCUUCCAGCGGCUGUACACGGAGCCCGUCCAGUUCUGGGCCAAUCACCCGUUCGUGUUCGCCAUCAAGGACGCGAAUCACAUCUACUUCAUGGGCCACGUGGUGGCGCCCCAAUAGUUACCGAAAGGCAGGCAUCAGCUCUUUAUUAAACAAGAUACACCGCUGA